GGGGUCAUUCAUGGAGAAGUCGCAGAUGACAUCACAUACAUUAAAGUAAACUCCAAGAAGCCUGACGAACGGCUGUACUACAUAACAAUUCCUUUUCUUGCACUUCGCUUUAUUUCUCACAGCACAUCGAUCACAAAUCCACCUCAACACUAUACACACAUCUCACGAUGACCGCCGCAACCUUCUUCACUGCCCUCGCCGGCGUCAUCGCUGUUAUGGGCCUUGCCGUCUUCCUCUUCGGCAUCCCACCGGAGCUCAAGCGCAAGAUAGAGCUCGCAGCACUCAAGACCAUGGGCGAGAACAAGCUCUCCUACGUCGCCAAAGACCAGAUCAACAAGAUCCCCACCUCUGAUCGGACCGACCCCCUCCAGCUCAAGAAGGGCAUCAGCAACCUUGCCGGUGGCGCAACACAGAACCCUCUCGGCGAAACAGCAGGCGAGGCUGCAGACAGUCUGACAAGCCCGUUCACCGGUCGCUAAUAUGCCUGUGUCUGUAGUGCGAGCUGCGAACAACGUAUAGGAUACCGUGCAGACCAGUGCAAGCAUCGCGCAAGACUUGGUGCAAACAUACUCGAACGGCGCGCUGGAGCGUGUGAAGACAUUCAAAGGAGUGCCGAAGCAGGGUGCUGAGAAGGUGGAGCGAAAACUGGAGGAGACGCAGUGAUGGCUUGGUCUACAAUGAGUAACGACUGAUGCAGUGCGGCGUUGGUGGAAACCCUCUUGCUUAUUCAUAGCAUAACCUACCUACCACGUAACCUUACUUUGAUCGCCGUACAAGAAUGUCCACAACAUUCCCUGCCAUCCCAGCACAAUGCCCCAGAA